UAUCAUUCACUUAAGGACAGAGGAACCACUGCACUCUAGGAGGUCACAGUCUCAAUCUGCAGAGCCUCAGACCUGCCUUGGCCUCACAGCUGCUCUACUGAGGUUCAGCCCAUCAGCCUGGAUUGGUGAAACAGAAUCACAAGAGAUUUCUCCAGGUUUGCUGGGAUGGGAAACUUGCUCAAAGUCCUUACCAGGGAAAUUGAAAACUAUCCACAUUUUUUCCUGGAUUUUGAAAAUGCUCAACCCACAGAAGGAGAGAGAGAAAUAUGGAACCAGAUCAGUGCUGUUCUCCAGGAUUCUGAGAGUAUCCUCACAGACCUACAGGCUUAUAAGGGUGCAGGGCCAGAGAUCCGAGAGGCCAUUCAAAAUCCUAAUGACAUUCAGCUUCAAGAAAAAGCUUGGAAUGCUGUGUGUCCUCUAGUUGUGAGGCUAAAGAGAUUUUAUGAGUUUUCCAUAAGACUAGAAAAAGCUCUUCAGAGUUUAUUAGAAUCUCUGACAUGUCCACCCUACACCCCAACCCAACACCUGGAGCGGGAGCAGGCCCUGGCAAAAGAAUUUGCAGAAAUUCUGCAUUUUACCCUUCGAUUUGAUGAGCUGAAGAUGAGGAACCCAGCUAUUCAGAAUGACUUCAGCUACUACCGACGGACAAUAAGUCGCAAUCGUAUCAACAAUAUGCAUCUAGACAUUGAGAAUGAAGUCAAUAACGAGAUGGCCAACAGAAUGUCUCUCUUCUAUGCAGAAGCCACACCCAUGUUGAAAACCCUUAGCAAUGCCACAAUGCACUUUGUCUCUGAAAAUAAAACUCUGCCAAUAGAGAAUACCACAGACUGCCUCAGCACCAUGACAAGUGUCUGUAAAGUUAUGCUGGAAACCCCGGAGUACAGGAGUAGGUUUACGAGUGAGGAAACUCUGAUGUUCUGCAUGAGGGUGAUGGUUGGUGUCAUCAUCCUCUAUGACCAUGUCCACCCCGUGGGAGCUUUCUGCAAGACAUCCAAGAUUGAUAUGAAAGGCUGUAUAAAGGUUUUGAAGGAACAGGCCCCGGACAGUGUGGAGGGUCUGCUGAAUGCCCUCAGGUUCACUACAAAGCACUUGAAUGAUGAAUCGACUUCUAAACAGAUUCGAGCAAUGCUGCAGUAGAGCUGUGCUCAAAGAAGAGGAUCUAUGUACUGACCUCAGAAGAUGUCUUCCAUCCAGUCCAGUGGGACCAAACAUAGAAGGCUGCUGGCCUGCCCCAAUUUAGUCAAGCCCUCUACUUCAAAGCCAAGAUUCAUCUGUACAUGGAUUCUCAAAAGUCUGGACCCUGAACUAUUGCCUCUGAUUAUCAGGAGGAUGGGUUAAUUGAAUGUCUGUGAUCACUAACAAGUGAUGGGCCUUUGCCCACUUUAGAACUCUUGUGGGAGACGAAUUCUCUUAAUACACCAUCCUCAAGGCAUCGGGAGUCUUCCAACAAUCAUGUUUGUGUGAAUGUGCUGCAUGCACGUGUCUAACUCAUGGAUGGUGAAGGGGAAUGUUCUGGAGAUAGCAUUUGUGUCAUUGUUAACUCUUUCAUAUUUGAUGUCUCAUAGGUUUCAAAUAAACAGUGUUUUUCAUUA